UGAUUGGACGGAUAACAAAUUUACCCGGAGCAAUUGUAACUUCUCUCCAGGUGAUAAGAUAAAUAAACUCCAAAAAAAGUAAUCAGUACGAUUGCAGUGCCGACGCACAAAAAUCGGGAGUAAAUGUGUUAUUGGCUCGUCUGGAAACCUUAGCAUAAUCAUAACGGACAGCGUCGAGGCUGCGCUGAUUAUGAUUAUUAUUUUGUCAAGGUAGUGGUAACGUACAUUCUCGUAAAUUUCCAACUCGCAAGUCGUAAUUUGUUUGUGCAUUCUAUUGUGCUCAUCGCUGUUCUCUGGUACUCGGUUUCUUACUCACUGACGGUUGAGCAUUGUUUAAUGUUUGUUUGUAAAUUUUUAUAAAAUCUUUGUUCUCAAUAAAACGAGUGUAAAAUGGGAAAACACAGGAAGACCAUCAGUUCUGACGAGUCGUCUGAAUUCAGCAGUGACGAUGUAAUUAUUACUAUUCAUUAUAAUCAAUGACAUUAUUUAAUAGGUAGCUAACGAUUAGUUUGCCAGUCAUAUGUCAAUUUUCUGUCAACAGGAUAUCAGUAUGGGUAAAAAAAAAAAGAGAUCCAAAACAUCUCCACCGUCCAAUCGUCAUUAUAGGAAAAAGUCAAAAACAUCCAAAAAUAAUUCCUAUAAUUCUGACUCUUCAUCACUGUCUGAAGGUGAAAUAGCUGAUGACAAAUCAAAGAAAAAUCAAAAUAUUAAACAGCCUAGUAAAAAAUUGAGUGUGUCUGAUGAUUCGACAGAUAGUAGUGAUAGUUCCGACUCUGAUUCUAGAAGUAAAACUAAAGAAAAAAGUAUUUCAGGUGAGUGUAUUUGAAUAUUAUUACUUAAUUUACUAUUUACUAUUUACUAAUUUCUAAUUUGAGAUGGCACUAUUUAUGUUCUCUAUCUGAUAUUUAUUUACUUAUUUCCUUUUCGUUUUUUAUAGAAAGUGAAUCUUCUGAUACUGAUGAAGAAUUUAAUGAUGGAUUUGAUGAGCAGUUAAUGGGCGAUGAUGAAGAUAAAGAACGUCUAGCUAAAAUGACAGAAAAGGAACGUGAAACUGAAAUAUUUAAACGUAUUGAAGCACGAGAAACUAUGAAAACCAGGUAAAAGAAAAUUAUUAUUUUUUUUUAACCAGAUAUUAUAUUUAAUUUUUUUUUAGAUUUGAAAUUGAAAAAAAGCUUAAACGAGCCAGGAAAAAAGAAAUGAAAGAACAAAAAUCAUUAGAAAAAAACUUGGCUGUAAACAACAAAAGUGAAUCACCAACAAACUCUAUACCUCUAGAUUUAAAAGAUCGUGUAAAAGAACGGAAGAAAAAUAUUGAAAAAAACAAAUUUAAAGAUGACAAAAAGACAGCAAUGACAUUACUUAAAGCAAGGCGGGAUGAAAAACGUGAAAGAGGUAUAAUAAACUUUAGUACUUAUUAUAAUAUAUGGUUUUUAAAAAUAAAUAUUUAAUCUAUCUAAUUAUAAUAAUAAUAAUAUUUAUGUUUCAGAGGAAGAAAAAGAAAAAGAGAAGAAAAAAGAUUUAGAAAAAAAAUUAGAUGAUGAAUCUGAUGACGAAUCAGAUCAAAAUCAGACAAAAUUAAAAGCUUCAGAUAUAUACUCUGAUGACAGUAAUUCCUCAAGUGAUUCUGCUUCAAGCAAUGAUCGUCCUUCAAAAAAGCGCCUUAACUCUUCAGAUUCUGAUUCAGAUACACUUUUUAAGUAAGAUAAAGUGAUCCAUAAUAAACUAAAUUUACUCGAUAAAUAUAUAUGCCCUUAUAAAAUGUUUAGUGAGAACAAAAUGCAUUAUAUUACCAAAAGAGACGAGUUGAAUAAAAUCAGAUUGUCCAGGUUUAAGAUGGAAAAGUAAUUUAUAAAACAAAUUGUUAAAAGGUAACAUUUUCUUCAUUAAUUUCUUCAUGCGAUUUUAGAUUUGUGCAUUUACCAACAUUCAAGAAAACUGUUAUGGGAUGUUUCGUUAGAAUAGGAAUUGGAAAUUUUAAUGGAGUCCCUGUUUAUCGAGUAUGAUUUUUGUUUUAUUCAUUAAAACCAAGGCUGGGAAACAUUGAAAUGUUUUGAUUUUUGUCCAGAAAGGUUUUACCAAGGUUUUCGAAAAUUAAAAUAAUAAUAAUAAUAAUAAUAAUAAUAAUAAAGAAACAAAAAAUGAGUAAAAUAAUUAAAAAUAUUAAAAAUUAAAUGGAAAUAAACUAUGCCACGAUACAAUGAUAUUAAUAUAAUAAUAACAAUUUUGGUUUUUAUUUAAUAAAAACUAUAUUUUUUACAUUAAUAAACAAAAAGAAAAAAAAAUGUUUUCCAGCCCGGAUUACAGUAUUAAAUUAACCAAUAACUUAUUAUUUAGGUGGCUGAAAUUUGUGAUGUUUGUGAAACAGCAAAAGUAUAUCAAUUAGGAAGUACUCGAACAAAUAAAGGCUUACGACUUAGGUAUAUAUAUAUAAUGUAUGCAAUUAAUACCUACAUAUUCAUACAUUUAAACAUUUUGUAUUUUAGACAUGGUAACAAUGAAAAAGUAUUUCGUUUGGAGUUUAUUAGUAAUCAAGAGUUUACAGAGAGUGAAUUCAUUAAAUGGAAAGAUAUUUGUCAUUCAAAUCGAAUAUUAUUACCUACCAUAGAAGAACUUAAUAUUAAAAUUAGGGAUAUUAAAGCAGCGUUAGCAUACCAAUUCAAAGAUGAAGAUGUUGAAAAGGUUACCUUUGCAUUUUAUUAAAUGGCAAAAACAAAUAAUUAAAAUAUAUUUUUAGAUUGUUCGUGAGAAAGAGCGAUUCAAAACAAACCCUCACAAUUAUGCAAUGAAAAAAACUUCACUCAUAAAGGAAAGAGAUGAUGCACAAGCUUUGUGAGUCUACUUUAGUAAUAGUUAUAUAAUAUUGUACAAAUAAUUAAUUUUAGGGGGAAAGUAGAAGAAGUUUCAAAAAUUGAACAGCAGCUAUCAGAAUUAGAAGAAAGAGCUAAUCACUUGGACAAAAUGAGAACUAGUACAAUUUCUAGUAUUUCUUAUAUAAAUGAUAGAAAUCGCAAACGAAAUGUUGAACAAGCAGAAAAAGCCAUUUUGGUAAUUGCUUAUGUAAUUUACUUAAUGUUAAAAUUAUAAAUAUAUUUUAUUUAUAGGAAGAACUAAAAGCUAAUAAGGGAAAAAAAAUAGAUGAUCCAUUCACUCGGCGAAGUACUAAACCAUGUAUGAAAUUUAGAGCUAAGCCAAGUUCUGGUAAUGAAGGUUCUGAGAUUACAGAUAUAGAUGAUUCUAAAACUGAUGUUGAAUCCAAUGAUUCUAAGGUUGGCCAUAAUUUAAUUUAAUUAUACAUACCCAUUUGAAUUAUAAUCAAUUUGUAUUCAAAAAUAUUUUAGGUUGUUGGUGAUUCUCAAAAAAGUACAAUGAAAGCAAAUGACCUUUAUGCUGUGCAUGAUUUUGAUAUUGACUUAAAUAUACAAUUACCAAUUUAGGUAUAUAAAUUUAAAAAAAAAAUUGUGAGUGAGUGUGAGUUUUUGUAAAUAUAUUCAAUUAAAAUGAUUUUUGUAAUCCUUAUUACUUUUUAUAUAUAUUAAAAAAAAAAAAGUUAAAACUAGAUUAGUAUUUAUCUUUCAAUUGUACCUUAAAAAAGUGUAUCUCUUCAUAAAUAUGUACUUAAUAACUAUGUUGUAAUUUAAAAUUAAGACAUUUUUUAAUUUCUCUUGCCUUUUGUCUUAUACCCCAGCAUUUGUGUAUAAUUAAAAUGUUGCCCAUUUUAAAAAAUAUAACUUAAAAAUAAUUAUUAUAAAGCUGAAAUAUUUUAUUAUGUCAAGUAUUAUAUAAUGUAUUAAACUAUACUAUUAUCCUAAAAUGAAUUGUUAUAGUUGACAAUUUAAUGAACAUAUAUUUAUGUAUUCAAAUGAAGUGCGAUUAUUAAUUUUAAAAUAUUAGAAUACAUGACAUUUAAAUUUUGUUAUUCAAAUUUAGGUGUGUAGAUAUUCUUACUAUCCAUUUUGUAUAACAGUAGACUUUAUAAGCAACACUUAUUUGAGUAUUAGGUUAUGGAAUGUAAUAAUCUCAAAUCUCAAACAUGUCCUUGGGUAUAUAAUGACUGGGUAUACUUACAAUUAUUUCUGUAAAACAUUAGUUUAGGUUAGCUUUGCUAAGUAUUUUUUUAAAAGUGAGAAUUGCUGGUGCAUUUUUAAAUUCAUUUGUAUUAGAUUUUAUUUUAAGAUUAUAUUCAAUUAUUAAUUUAUAUUUUGCGAAAACAAUUAGAAAAUGUAACUUGCCUACAAUUACCAAAUUUAUAUAAUGAGGCUAAAACUGUCCUAAGAAAUCUAAUUUUAACAUAAUUAUUUCAAUUAUCAAUAAGCUUAUAUAAUGUAUACACAGUGAAUUGUGAAAUAAUUUUUAAGUAGUUAAGAUUUGAAUUGCUUAUUUUAUAGAUCUAAGUACAAAAGACAACCAGAUGGGGAGAUCCCUUAGCUAGACCCCCUUGUUCUUGCCAUAUAUUUAAAAACCUAUAUAUACAAAUUAUGUAUUUAAUUUUGAAUUUAAUGUGUUGAAGAUAUUUUCAUGAUUAUAUAGGUGGACCCCCACGCUUGAAUAAAUUUUGGUUGCACUUCAGCUUGUAUAUUUUGAAUUUAGAAAUUUAGUUGUAUUAUAAAUAGUUGUACUUCAGCUUGUAUAUUUUGAAUUUAGAAAUUUAGUUAUAUUAUAGUAGUUGCACAAAUAUCACUUAAAAUUUAUUUGUACAUUAAUACAAAUAAGCUUAUUUAAAAAAGUAGAAAAAUAGUAACAGUGCUGUUAUACAUAAAUGUGGAUUAGGAGGAGGAGGAUGGUAAGAGAGAAUAUGAUUAGGAUAUAUAUGUUUAAAAGUUAUGUGGAGAUAGUUGGGGUGUGCAUGAAAGAAAUGGUGAUGGUCAGUUACAUGAUUUAAGCAGACUUAAGUGUUGUUGAAAAUAGGGAAGGGAGAAGAAGAAAAGUAAAAUUAUUUAUCUAUUAAAUAAGUAGGCACAUAUUAUAUUUUAAUAGUCCUAUGUUUAAUUAAUCAGUACCUAUUAAUAUAUAACUUAUAUUAAUUGCAUACAUAUAUAUAUAUAUAUGUGUGUAACCUUUUCUAAGUUAUAUUUCUGUUUUUUUUUUAUAGAUUUAAUUUUCUAUUUACAAUAUAUUAGUGGAUCAUUUUGUAGAUUUAAUAAUGUAUUGCAUACUAUUUCUUUUUCUGGCAUGUUAACAUAGAAAAACAUAAUUUAUAAAUAAUUAAAUAAUGAGUUAAUGCAUUUACUUAGCAGGUAUACUAGUUAAUUACAAGUUAUAAUAGAAACUUAUAAUUUCUUAUAGCCCAGUAUAAGUUUUAAAAAUUGACUUAACUUAUUGUUAUAAUUAACUAUUCAGAUUAUAAAUAAUAAUAAAAGAAUUCUCUGAG